GGCGGGGCGGCAGGUCCCAGAGCCGCCCUCGCCACCUCCCCCUGGCCCCGGCCUGGGCAGCGCUCGCCCGGGGCGUCCAACGGUGCCCUGUGGAGCUGCGGCCAUGGCCCCGCAGCGGGCGCACGGCUGCCGGACCCUCGGUCUCCCGGCGCUGCUGCUGCUGCUGCUGCUCCGGCCGCCGGCGACGCGUGAUGCAAGAGACAGGCUGGCUGUCCUGGAGGGAAGGAGCAGAAUAUCUGAAAGCUUCAACCGUGAGGUCCAGACACACGAGGCCUGCGUGAGACUCAGGACGACGGAAAACUGCCCCCAGCGCCACCAGCAUCGGACAAGCAGGCAGCAAGCAGGCAUCACGUGCCCUCCCCCCAUGUCCGUGGAACAUGCAGACAUCUGGGUCAAGAGCUACAGCUUGUACUCCAGGGAGCGGUACGUUUGUAACUCUGGUUUCAAGCGUAAAGCCGGCACGUCCAGCCUGACGGAGUGUGUGUUGAACAAGGCCACCAACGUCGCCCACUGGACAACCCCCAGUCUCAAAUGCAUUAGAGACCCUGCCCUGGCUCGCCAAAGGCCAGCGCCACCCUCCACAGUAAUGACGGCAGGGGUGACCCCACAGCCAGAGAGCCUCUCCCCUUCUGGAAAAGAGCCCGCAGCUUCAUCUCCCAGCUCAAACACCACAGCGGCCACAACAGCAGCUAUUGUCCCGGGCUCCCGGCUGACGCCUUCAAAAUCACCUUCCAUAGGAACCACAGAGAUAGGCAGUCAUGAGUCCUCCCACGGCACCCCCUCUCAGACAACAGCCAAGACCUGGGAACUCACAGCAUCCGCCUCCCACCAGCCGCCAGGUGUGUAUCCACAGGGCCACAGCGACACCACUGGAAGGAAGCAACACUUGCUACCAGAUUUCCAGGCAUCCUUCCAGAGAGACUGUAUAAAUAAACACAGAGAGGAUAAGGAAUGCUGGACAGUUGCUUCUUUUCUUCUGUUCUGUACCAUGUUUGUUUCCACUUGCUGGCAUACCUUGUAGAUCCUCCCAUAUCAGGACACAGAAACCAUCUCAUCGUUUUUAACAGCUACAGAAUAUUCCAUUGUAUGGAAUUCCUACCAUCAAUUUAGCCAACCCCCUAUCUGGACAUGUGAUUGCUACAUUCUCUGGUUAUCUUACAAACAGCCAUUAAUUGAAAAUUCAUAGGUGCCAGAAUAUCUGUAGGAUAAAAUCCUACAUGUAAAGUUCAGGGGUCUUUUUUUCUGUAUAGAUUUUCCAACAACUAUUUGAUGAUGGGCUAUAAUCUAUAAUCUGCUUUUUCUAGUUCAUGACUUUUAUUAGAUUAAAAAAUCGGCCAGGCGCUGUGGCUCACGUCUAUAAUUCCAACACUUUGAGAGGUCGAGGCGGGCAGAUCACGAGGUCAGGAGUUCGAGACCAGCCUGGCCAACAUGGUCUCUACUAACAAUACAAAUUUAGCCAGGCGUGGUGGCGUGUACCUGUAAGCCCAGCUACUCGGGAGGCUGAGGCAAGAGAUUGUUUGAACGCAGGAGGAGGAGGUUUCAGUGAGCCCAGAUCACGCCACUGCACUCCAGCCUGAGAGACAAAGCGAGAUACACACACACACACACACACACACACACACACACACAAAGUCAAAAACUUUCUCCCAAAUUCUGAAAUGUAGUGUAAUAAACGUUAACCAAAUUCCUACAAUGGACAAAGAUAAUUCUGUGCAAGGAACUGUGGAAAUACAGAGAUACCACACAAAAAAACUUUAGAUGUUUUAUGUUGGAUCAGCCACCCUGCGAUCCAGGAGCACCAGUUACGUGUGGCAGAUAUACUCACUGGCUCCUUGAACAUCAGUGGAUGUUGCUAUUUCUGCAUGAAUAAGCAAUCAGUUGAGCUCAUCUUCAUAAGAAAAUAUUAACGAUGCUUUACCACAGUGGUUGCUCAGUAAAUUAACUGACGUUUUAAUCAACCCAUUGAUACUACCAAUAUCAUAAUUUGCGUUUUAAAAUAAGUUAUAUAAAUGAUUAGCACUACUCUUUUGUUCUUUUUAAUUCAACAGAAAACACUAAAUAGUAGAUGCUCAAUAAGUAUCGAAUGAGUAAGCAAAUGAAUGAGUGAAUUUAAGGGCUUUAACAUUUUAAUAAAUAUUUAAGAAAUAUGGUGCAUAGUUUCAUUGUCUUAAAUAUCUACUGGCUUACUUGGCAGCCAUUUUUUUAUAAUUUAAUUUAAUUUUACCUUAAGUUCCAGGAUACAUGUGCAGGACGUGCAGGCUUGUUAUAUAGGUAAACGUGUGCCAUGAUGGUUUGCGGCACCUAUCAACCCAUCACCUAGGUAUUAAACCCCACACGUAUUAGCUACUCUUCCUGAUUCUCUUCCUCUCUCUGCCCCUCCCCACAGGCCCCCGUGUGUGUUGUUCCUCUCCCUGUGUUCAUGUGUUCUCACUGUUCAGCUCCCACUUAUGAGUGAGAACAUGUGGUGUUUGGUUUUCUGUUCCUGAGUUAGUUUGCUGAGGAUGAUGGCUUCCAGCUCCAUCCAUGUCCCUGCAAAGGACAUGAUCUCACUCCUUUUUAUGGCUGCAUUGUAUUCCAUGGUGUGUAUGUACCACAUUUUCUUUAUCCAGUCUAUCAUUGAUGGGUAUUUGGGUUGAUUCCAUGUUGGCAGCCCUUUUUAUCAAUAACUUUCUACAAUUAUUCCAAUAUCUGCUCUCCCAUCCCUGAUUAAGCUGUUCUUGAGGACUCUUGAUUGUAAACAAAAGGUCAGCAUGCCAUGGAUGCCAGCACGUACACUGCCAUGUUGAUUUAGUACGCCAGGUAUAAGGACUUAUUUCUCGGGAUGGCAAUAUGCCUCUGGGCUUUCAUGGCUGAAAUAAAUUUGCCGCAGUCAAUGUGCUCAGCCUUUGACAGGAGCUGCCUCUAUGUUGUAUCAUUCAUCCAUUCAGUAUAAACUGAGUUUCUGUUCUGUGCCAGGAAUGGUCCUAAGCUAUUAUGAAAUGCAGAUUCCUCAUUAAAAAGCAAAUGUCACUUUAAAUUUACUUCAAUUUAUAGAACUUCAAAAGCUUAACUUGAUCAGUCAAGUAUUUAUUGAGUAUCUACUCUAAACCCAACACUCAUUAUGUUCUUAGUGCAAUAGAGAUAGAAAAGAAACCACUAGGCCAAGCACGGUGCUCACACCUGUAAUCCUAACACUUUGGGAGGCCAAGGCAGGAGGCUUGCGUGAGCCCAGGAAUUUGAGAGACCAGCCUGGGCAACAUAGUGAGACCCUGUCUCUACAAAAAAUGAAAAUUAAAAAAUUAUCCAGGUGUAGUGGUGUACACUUGUGGUCCAAGCUAUUUGGGAGGCUGAGGUAAGAGGCUCGCUUGAGCCCAGGAGUUUGAGGAUACAGUGAGCAGCUAUGAUGGUGCCACUGCACUCCAGUCUGGGCUACAGAGUGAGACCCUGUCUCAAAAAAAAGAAGAAAGAAAAGGAAACAAGGAA